AUGUUUUUCAGAAGACAUUGCUGUUUUUUUUUGUGUGUGUGUGUGUGUUUUAACGUCACUUCCUACCCAAAAUGCGUGCCUCCUGCUGUGUUGGUUGCUGUGGCAACAGAGCUACAACCUUCCACUAGAUUAGACACCGAAACUGUUUUCGCAAGCCUCUGUCACUCUAAUAUAAUAUUGUUUCCUACACCGUUUUAAUACUAGUCAGAUUAAUAAUUCAGCAACACGUAUGUAGCGAUUAAUCACUCGUGGUAUAGAGCGGGCUGCCUUUGUUGAUGAGUGUGGUGUGGGUACCUGAGGAUGAAUGAUCAUCUUCGCCUUGACUGGAGACUCAUGGCUGGGAGAUGUCCUCUCCAUUUGCCUGUUUCCAAAUUCAGAAAAAAAACAGAAAAUCCAAGCAGGCAGACACAGGGUACCACUGCUUGCUUUGCUUAGAUGCUGUACAACAACUGUCAAAAGAAAAUUCUCCUAAAGGAGCCAGUGCAGAUUUAGAAUCUUCCAAAGCAGCCUGCCGUUCAUCUGGCAGCGCUCUAACUGAAAGCCUCCUUGCGCCUGUAAUUUACCGAAGCAGAUCAUAUGCCACUUCUACUCCAAUUAGAGAUAAUUCCAGUUUUAAAACAAAUUCUAAGAACCAGUUACUGUCUAAACAAGCAAAAGAACAAUCUCAAUUGUGCAAAGGAAAAUCAGAAGACGCUGAAGCGAGUGCACCUGAAGAAACUGCAUACAAUUUAAAUGACAAGCUUGUACGAUGCCAGUCAACUAAAGAGACUUGCCGUUCGGAAGCUCUAGUUAUCAACAGUUUUGCUGUCUUGCCCCCUGUAAAACCAGCUAGUCCCAGUUAUCAAAGACAGACUUCUUCAGCAAAUAAAAGUGAGAUUAUAGUCUCUCCUAGCACUGCAAACAAUAGGACAGCUAGUAGCAGAUCAGAUAGAACACCCAUGGCAGAGGAGAGAAAAGCUGACACACCUGGUAUACAAAAGGACCUGAAUCAGCCCCAGGGCGGGGAGAUUUCAGUUGCCUCUCUUGUGCCGAGGGCCCCUACUCAGUCUGAACCUGGGCUUGGGCACUGGCAAUCUCCCUACACUCCAAGCAAACAAAUUCUGACUGCUUACAGGAUUCAUACCUCCAAGAAAACUGCGGCCUCAUUCAUUACGACUGGGAUUCUGCAUGGGCGGGGUACACAGAGCAGUGGAAGGAAUCUUAAGCAAGAAGAUUUAAGUACAGUGACUGUUAAUAAGAAUGGCCAGAACCACAAACUUUUAUUUGGGCUGAAGCCCAAAAAUAUAAUCAGAGGAACCGAUCCACCAUCACAACAGGCGUUGCCAGUACUAUCAGGAACUAGAGUUGCGAUACCGGUAUCAUCUCAUCGACUGCUGUGAUCUUUGUUAUUGUGGCACUGGAACUAGGCAUUAACACCGUAUUUUGUGAUUAAGGGUUAGCAUUUUUUUAAGAUAAAUAUACACUUGAAAUAACUGGUAGUGCAGAUAAUUAGAUUUGUAUAAGAAACUAUAGUAUUGCUUUGUUAAACCUGCUUACAAACUCCAACCACACUUUAUAAACAUCAAAGUAACAUUUAAUAUUAGGGAUGUAAAUAUUGUUUAAUAAAAAAUCUGUUUAAACUAUUUGAUUUCUAUCGGUUAACCGUUUAACUGUAGUUACACCGUCACACUAAAUACCCUUUAAAUAAAUACCCUUUCCACAUAUAUUUAGUCUUUGUCAUGUAUUGACAUUUGUUUACCAAACAUAAAAAGAGGCAGCUUAAGAGCACAAAUCCUCUUUAAUUGCAUCACGAUUGUAUCACAUUGCCGAUAGUAUCUCCGUUAUAGUUAAUCUUGAUCCACUACAGGGGACACUGGUUUCACAUAAAAUAAAACACCAUUAAAAAAAAUAAAAUACAUGUUACAAUCCCAUAAACUUAGUGUAGCAAUCAACCAUUCAUUUUUCAAGAUUAUUGUGAAUUAAUGCUAUGAAUUCAUUUUAAAAGCAAGUACGUAAAGACAAGAUUUUUUUUUUAGUUUCUUGAAAUGACCAUAGAUAAACUGCAACUUUAACGAACUGUGCCCACAACUAUUCAACUAAAAAAAAAAAAAUGAAACCACCGUAUUCACCAAGGAAAUUUCAUCUGUUAUCAUAGAACAGCGGUUCUCAAACUUCGCUGCACUGUGACUCUCUAGUUCUAGCAAUAAAAAUAACUACGCAAUAUUUUUUACAGCCAACAGUAAAAAAAAAAUACAAAAAUUACAAAUGCUUCUAGGCUGCCGUGGUUUACGUGAUCGUACCACAAGGACAAAUAUAUCUCAUCCUUGGAGUGAUGUGUUAAGAAUAUUUAAGCGAUCAAAAAUAUUUGCCAGGAAACCAUGCAAAGCAAGCCAUUUAGCACAAGCUUUUCGGGUUCUUUUUUUUUGGCACUUAUUUUGCUGCACUGCCACUCGAUUCCCCUUCAUUACUCCCGUUUCCAACACUUUUCUUCAGAAAACUGUCAGUUGUUUUAUAUUUACAAAGCAACUUUUUGAACUCCAUUCACAACAAAAAACAGAGACUACAAGUUCAGAACCAGUUCUAUUUAGUGUAUUUCUGUCUGUAAAACUAAUCCUAUUUGAAUGAUUUAAGAGACAGUGGUAUUUAGAUCUGCUACUGGUUAAAAUCAAUUGAAUAGACCCAAAUGUGUUGAAGUAAGUAUAACAUUAUACUGGUAAACAAAGAAAACUGUUGCAUUGGUGUAUUUCAAGAGUUAUGGUUAAUUUCCAGAUAUCUGAACAUGGUGUUUAUAUAUGACACAGUGUGUGUGUGUGUGUGUGUGUGUGUGUGUAUAUAUAUAUAUAUAUAUAUAUAUAUAUAUAAUGCUGCUUUACACACUCAUCUUGCAACACCACUAUCACUGUUACAUAAACUUUGAGUUGUAGGAUUCAGCUUCUUUCUGGCCAUAAAUACUGUAGCAAUGACACACUUCAUGAACAUUUGAUGAACAGCUUAAGUACCCAUUCAUCUAAUGUCAGAAUACUACUGUACAUGUCAGUUUAACACUUAUGUAUUUAUUUAAAGAUGCAUUACUUUUCACCACAAUUACACAUUAUCCUGCACUGUAAAACAUGCUUUACGUUGUCAAGGUAAGGAACUACUACCCAUGACUAAAUUGUGUUAAUUUCCACUUUUAAAGGGUUUGGCUCUAAAUAUAUUGCAUUUGUAAUAAAUUUUAUUAAAAUAAUCUAGUUUUUUAAAAGUGUAUUUUGCUACACAUAUCAAUAACAUUUAGUGUAUCAAAGAUACUACUAGUAAAGGCAUUUUCUAGUACUGAAUUCUUGUUGAAUACCAUUGCUAUAAUAAUCUUUUUUCCCCCCAAACUGUGUGUAAGUGUUUUAUAAAUAAGGUUUCUCAAAGUGGUAUGUCAAAAUCAGGUGCUGCUGUUUGUUAGGCAACAGUUACAACACACAAACACAUUAUAACAGAUUGCUACUGCCGUGCAAAUCCAUCCAGGUACUACUAUCUCACAUCAUAAAAAACUGUACAACACUUCCACUAUAUAGGACAAAAGUUAAGCUGCUAUAAAUGCACUACCUCAAGCAUUCAGACAAAAUCACAUGUGCAAACAUUUUUAAUUUGAAGUUUUACUAUAUACAUCCGUAGAUAGUACUGUACUAGCUAGAACUCAGCUUAGUAUAGAACAAACAACUACAUUUUCAAGUUCUUUGCAAUUGACCACUAAUAAACUGAUACGUAUUUUUACAUUAAUGGGUAGUUUCACUAAUUGUGGUUAGCACUAAUCCUGGACAACUUUAUCCAAGACUAGUACUAAUCAGGUCUGUGAAACCACACACAAAACAAACCUGAACUGCCUUCAUACAGAAUUAGAUGUUUUGUGUUAGUUACUGAAUUGUUAGAUGAAGAGUAUACAAAGUUGGCAGAAAAUAUAUCCUGGAUACUGUAUACCAAAAUAUCAGUCAACAAAUGUCAUUAUUCUGGGAACUUCUAAUUUAAUUCUAUGAUCUUGGGAUAUUUAUUUGUUUUGUUAUGGCCUGCGAUGUAGGCAUUGAUUGUAUGUAGAUGAAUAACUUUGAUAAAGUUGUGUGCAAGAAGUGGAAUCAAAUCUUUAUUGUUAUCACGCAUUUUGUCAUCUAGAAUUACAAAUGUAGUGCCCUAUAUGCUUUUAAAAAAUCUAAGUGGCUGAAUGUUUUUUUUGUUACUGUGUAUUCAGGACUGUUUAAUGUAGCUUCUUAUCACUUUCCCAAUGCUUGAGAAUCACUCAUACUGCAAUGACAACAAAGAUCUAGAUUAUAAGCACCAAUACAUAUUUUUUUAUUGAAUGUAUGGCUUCAUUCAUCUGAUGUGAAGCUACUGUGUACCUGCCACUGUCUCAAAGUCAAAUGACACUUCAGUUCAAAUAAACCAUUGUAUUUGUAAAGAUUGUAUUGGUUCAAAGAAAAACACACACAAACAAAAAUGAACCAAAC